AUGUGUCAAUCAUCGCAGUCAAAAGAAAAUAUAAUUAUUGGACAAAAUGCUGCUGGAUCAGCUGCCAACCAAGCUUACAUAGAAGAAUUAAAAUCCAGCAUCGGAAUAUCUAACAUUUUCAUGGGAAUUGUGGUGUUGAUUGUAUUGCUGGCGGCUAGCAUCGGAGCUUAUAAGGUUUACAAGCGAUGCCACAGGCGAUGGAUUCAGGAAGAAGUUAAUUCAUUGGCACUACAACGAGCUACAAGAAUGAUUCGACGCGGCGGUUCUCAAAAAUCAUCGAACGAAGGAGACGACAUCUUUUAUUUCACAAUCUCUUCGAAUACAAUAAUUCGUUUCGACAAAAAUGAGACGAACAUAUGGCGCCCGAACAGGGACUUCCAAGAAGACUUCCAAGAAGACUUCCAAGAAGACUUCCAAGCAAUAAGCAAUCCAGCACCAGAACACGUGGCCGUCAUCUUAUGCCGAGCAGUGACGCAGCGAAAACCGCACCUCGCAGCA